CAAGUUGUUGCCUACACUCAAAAAUCACAAAUUAAACAUGAAAAUCGUCAUAUACAACUGGUACGUGAGUAUGGCUUUCAUCCUCGCACAAAAGCCACUGUCGAGGAUGGCGAUGUUCUGCCAAAGAAAUUCGAACCAUUUCCGGAAAAUAUGUAUGGUCGACCAUUGGAGGAAAUUGAUCAAUUUAUAUACGAAGAGACAUUUUGUGUGGUUUCAAAACGAUUUCGGAAAAAUUAUAUACAUCGCUUUACGGGCACAAAAAGUUUAUUUCUAUUUCAUCCCUGGAGUGUGGCGAGACAAAUAUGCGUGUAUAUAGCAACAAAUCAGUAUUUCGAUUAUUGCGUUAUGGCUACAAUAUUGUUUAACUGUAUUUUUUUAGCCAUGACCGAAACAGUCGAAGAAGCUGAAUAUAUCUUCCUAGCGAUUUAUACCAUUGAAAUGGUUAUAAAAAUCAUUGCCAAAGGCUUCCUGCUCAAUAAAUACACAUAUUUGCGCAAUCCUUGGAAUUGGCUGGAUUUUGUGGUCAUAACCAGUGGUUAUGCCACCAUUGGCAUGGAUGUGGGUAACUUGGCCGGGUUGCGUACAUUUCGUGUGUUGAGAGCUUUAAAGACUGUUUCCAUAAUGCCAGGUUUAAAGACUAUUAUUAAUGCACUACUGCACUCAUUUCGUCAGUUGGCCGAGGUCAUGACGCUGACCAUAUUUUGUUUAAUGGUCUUUGCACUAUUUGCACUGCAGGUUUAUAUGGGGGAAUUACGUAAUAAAUGUGUUAAAAAUGUACCCGAUGAGUGGUCGAAUACGUCUGAUCUUGAAUGGAGAUUAUGGAUCAACGAUACUGAAAAUUGGUUGUAUGACGAUGAAGAGCUGCCCAUGUUGUGCGGUAAUUUAACGGGUGCUCGUCAUUGUCCAAUGGGCUAUACGUGCCUGUGUGUGGGCGAAAAUCCCAAUCAUGGUUACACGAAUUUCGAUAAUUUUAUGUGGUCAAUGUUGACCACAUUUCAAUUGAUAACGUUGGACUAUUGGGAGAAUGUGUACAAUAUGGUGUUGGCCACGUCGGGACCAAUGAGUGUGUCAUUUUUUACAGUGGUUGUGUUUUUUGGUUCAUUUUAUUUAAUUAAUCUAAUGUUAGCCGUAGUCGCUCUAAGUUACGAGGAAGAAGCCGAAAUAACGAAUGAAGAACGUAAAAAAGACUUAUUGGAUCAUCGAGAUGAUUCGACAUUUAGCUUCGACCCGUCCGUUCUCAACGUUAAAAAACUGAAUAAAGGUAAUAAUAAAAAGAAAAUCGAUUCGCGCAAGGGUGUAUUAUUGGCCUCCUACAGUAAAAAGAAGACUCGCAGAAAAAAGCCCACCAAAGGUACGGGCAAAGAAGGCGGCAACGCUACGGACAGUAAUGGCAAUGGAACGCAUCACAGUAAAAAUGAUUCACUCACGCCAACACCCAGUCCCAGUCCACGUCACAGCAGCUGUGAACGUCCUACCGAUUUAGCCUUGAAAUGUGAACAUACGGACGAACAGACUUCACACAAAGACACACAACAGCAGCAACAAAUUCGCCAAUCGCGCAUUUGUUUUCAAGACGAUAUAGAAAAGAAUCCCAAUAUGUUGUAUCCAUCACAUCCCCUGAUGCCCAGUCGCCAGGCUAGUUCGAAUUCGAGCGGUGUGAAUCGUGAGUCGUCACAAGACGAUUCGGGCGUUGUGGAUGAUCAUGAGGAUCAUGAUGAACAGGAUAUAACGGCUUCCGAAGUGGUUAAUGUAUCGGCGGCCGAUACACAAAACGAUCAUACGACUGUAACGUUGGCGCUGUCGCCGCGUGAGGUGCGUUUGAUAAAGUGCAAUGGUAAUAUAGCGCGCAUUAAAAAGCAUAAUAUUUAUGCUUUACAUCCGGAAUAUUCUUCCGAAAUUGUUGUAAUCGAUGAUCUUCCUGAUCGCAAUUGUGAUAGAUGUGUUCAAUGUUGCAUUGACUACGAGGGUUGGUUGCAAUUUCAAAAUUGCCUCUACAAAGUUGUAAGAGAUCCAUUAUUUGAAUUGGCCAUAACGCUGUGCAUUGUAUUGAAUACAGCAUUUUUAGCCAUGGAACAUCAUGGCAUGAGUGAGAGUUUUCGCAAUGCCUUGGAUGUGGGGAAUAAGGUUUUCACUUCCAUUUUCACCUUUGAGUGUAUCAUUAAAUUGAUGGCCCUGUCCAAAGAGUUUUUUCUUUGCGGCUGGAAUAUUUUCGAUUUAAUUAUUGUUACGGCUUCCUUGUUGGACAUUAUAUUUGAGCUGGUCGAUGGUUUAAGUGUUUUAAGGGGCUUGAGAUUGUUAAGGGUCCUUAAACUGGCUCAAUCUUGGACUACUAUGAAAGUAUUAUUGAGCAUUAUUAUUUCGACAAUUGGUGCUUUGGGUAAUCUGACAUUGAUAUUGGUCAUUGUCAUUUAUAUAUUUGCCGUUAUUGGUAUGCAACUAUUUUCAAAAGACUAUACCCCAGAGAAGUUCGAACCAGAUCCAGUGCCAAGAUGGAAUUUCAAUGAUUUUUUCCAUUCAUUUAUGAUGAUUUUUCGUAUCUUAUGCGGAGAGUGGAUAGAACCUCUAUGGGAUUGCAUGAGAGCUGAAGAAGAGCAAGGUGCCUCCUCCUGCUUUGCCAUUUUUCUACCCACUUUGGUGAUGGGCAAUUUUAUGGUUUUAAAUUUGUUCUUGGCCUUGUUGCUCAAUAGUUUUAAUUCCGAGGAACUCAAGUCCAAAAAAGAGAUUUUCAAGAAAAAGGAAGUAGGCGAAGAAUCGAAAUUAGCCCGUAGCAUAGAGAGAGUACGUGACUUGAUACGUAAAAAACGUCAAGAACGUAAGGAACGCAAAGAACGUAAAUAUGCUACGAAAUUUCAGCAGAUCGUCAUCGAAGCCCAACAAGCAGCCGCAGCAGCUACAAUCGAUAAGCCGGGACUAAUAUCGGAAACAAAAUUCCAUAGACUGAGCUAUCAGGAAUCUAUGAAUCGCCCAGUUUCCGGUUCCGAUUUUGGCUAUCAAAUACCUUUGAAAGGUAGUCUGCACACGAUUGCGGAUGGUGUCGAAACGGAAGAUGAUAAAAAAUCAUAUUCUUCACAACAAUUAUCACACUCAAUGCUGAGCGGUGGUGGGUCACAACAGCAUCACCAGCACCAACAGCCAGCAUUACAGUUGCUGUAUCAACAGCAGCAACCUGCAAUGCCAUCAUUUGAUGGCACUGUUGCCAGCUCCUGCCAAUUAGACAAUAAUAGCUUAAAUCCUCAAGUAGAUCGUCGUUUACAACAUCAAAUGUCUUCCGGAUUUGGUACCCAGCCAAAUGAUUCACGCGAUGAGCCCACAACCUACACCGAAUCGAUAGAACUGCAGCUGAUGGGUCAAUACAAUUCGACUGAUACGGACCCGUAUGCCAAUGAUCAGCGUAGUGGUUCAUAUAUGCGUGCCGAUUCCUUGCAAGAACGUAGCGGUUCCUAUAUGCGUGCUGAUUCCUUGCUGGAACGCAGUUCAACGCGUCAUUGCAGCGAGGAACACGAUGAAUCUUAUCUACAGUAUCAAAAGUCGUUGCUAACACGAUCGCCCAGCUAUCGCAAGUCCCUGGAUCGUCUGUCACAGUCGAGCGAUCAAUCGCAGAGAUCUUUAAUUCCUUCCCGCAGCCUGAAGUCAGACGAAGAUGGUCAUUCGCGUCAUUCAUUGAAUACCAUCUCCAUGGAGCACGAAGAGCUGCUGUCGAAUCAGGCCAACCUCAGAGAAGAACUGUUGAAUUGCGAUCAAAAGGAAUUAUUUCAAUUUCUGCAGGAUGAUAUACUCGAUAAUAGCAACAAUUAUUUUAGCGAUACUGUCGGUUACGGUUCUGCUAUAAUGGAAGCCGAUACGGACUCUCUGAUCGUAGUGGAUGGCAGACGGGAAGAACGUAAACCCUCAACCAGCAGUAUUAAAUCGAAUUUAAGUUACAUCUCCAAUUCCAUACUUCAAACCAUAGAAUCUCGUCGCAAUGGCAGUCAUUCCUCCAAUGGUAAUGGUCAUGACAGUGAUAAUCUACCGUUAGUGGAACACUCGGAAUUCGACAAUAUUAUACAGAGUUUUGAAAAGGAAUUGGAGGAGAUUAAAAAGUCAACGACGUCGUUGGAGCGUAGACUGUCCACACUCUCAGAACCCUCGCCCGCAGCCGAUGAAGCCAAUAAGGCCAUAUUGGAGCAUAUAGCGGUGAUAACGGGAGCUUCUGAAAGAACGGCAGCCGAUGAGGUUGUGGCCCCCUUAAAUCCCUACGACAGCUAUGAUCUUUCUGCGGUGCCCCGCCGACAACAUACUCUGCCGGCGAGUUCUAGCCGAGCUUCGGCCAAAAUAAAACGACGUAGUCUGGAAAAACAACGAAAAAUCGAUGAAGAUUUUAGUAUAACAAAUGAAAUACGAAAAAUCUGUGAUCAAAUGCAGGCACCUUUUGCCACAGUAGAAGCCAUGUCCGUGGCAGCUACACAGGCCUCGGGCGCUCAGUCACCCUUUAUGCGACGAAAAAGUGAUUUAUUUAGUGCUCAAUUCGAUCGUUUCAAGCGCAUGUCUCUCAUUGAACGAGUCGAGGAAGUGCCGGAAGAAGAAAAACCCAUAUCUACAUUGCGCAUGGAAUCGGAACGAUUGCCGCGCAAAUGUCUAACGGCCGAACCCAUGAAGAUUGAUAGUCUUUCGUUAAAAAGUACAAAUUCCUAUGAAAAUCUGCUGCUGCACAAGCAGCUGACUAAGGCUCAAAAACCAAAGAAACCACAACAACAACAACAAAAGAAACAGCCAUCAUUGCAACGGGAUAGCUCACAAUCUUCCUCGGCCGUCGUACCACCCACACCACCAACCUCGCUUAAGUCCACAAUUGAGCCGCAUACGCUGGCGCAAUUAUCAUCGCUGAAAACGACACCCCCUCUAACGGCUCUCACCGAACACCAGCAACACUAUCAUGCUACCACAGCUCAAACACGUACCACACCUCUCCUCCCAAGGGCUGGUCCAGGCAGCGUUGAAGCACAUCAUAGUAAAUUGCAUGUCAAACGCUCAAAGCAUCCACAAUCGUCUCUAGAUAAAGCUGCUUCCUUUCAGUCGGGACGCACCGAAUCACAUAGUUCGGGUGCGGCCGAUACAUCAUCGGUUAUGGCACUAACUACACCCGGCGAGGCCCUGCUAUUGGCGGCUGGCGGUGAUUCGAUAACGCAGAGAGACGGCGAAGGUCUCCAGUCGCAGAAAUCUACGUUCUCACGACUGACCGAAAAACCAUGGCAUUGUCUGGUCUCCUACGUAGACGAUCUCACAGUGGGUGGGAGACGUAACUCGCAGGGAGCAUACAAUGAUCCCAUGACUUUUCCAAGUUUUGGACAAACGAAACCACCAAAAGUGCCAGAUGAUUGUUUUCCACAAAAGUGCUAUGAACACUUUUACUUUCGCUGUCCAUGGUUUAUGUCCUGCAUGGAUACAAAAAGUGCUAAACAUUGGACACGCGUUAGAACGGCCGUCUUGACUGUUGUGGAUACUCCAGCCUUUGAGUGGUUUGUCUUGGUGUUAAUAUUCGCCUCCAGCAUAACGUUAUGCUUCGAAGACAUCUAUUUGGACAGUAAUAAAUCGCUGAAACGCAUACUGUACUGGACAAAUUUUUCAUUUUGUUUGAUAUUUGUCGUUGAGAUGGUAUUGAAAUGGUUGGCCUUGGGGUUUUCCAAAUACUUUACGAGUUUUUGGACCAUACUGGAUUUUAUAAUUGUUUUUGUUUCCGUUUUUUCUUUACUAAUUGAGGAGAAUGAAAAUUUAAAAGUAUUACGCUCUUUAAGAACCCUGAGAGCUUUAAGACCCUUAAGGGCCAUAUCUCGGUGGCAAGGAAUGCGAAUUGUAGUAAAUGCUCUAAUGUAUGCCAUACCAUCAAUUUUCAAUGUACUUUUAGUUUGUUUGGUUUUUUGGUUAAUAUUUUCUAUAAUGGGUGUACAAUUUUUUGGUGGUAAAUUUUUCAAAUGUCUCGAUAAUGAAGGAGAACUAUUACCCGUAACGGAAGUGAAUGACAAAUGGGAUUGCAUAGAACAAAAUUUUAGUUGGAUCAAUUCGAAAAUAACCUUUGAUCAUGUAGGUAUGGGCUAUUUGGCUCUCUUGCAAGUGGCCACCUUUGAGGGCUGGAUGGAGGUUAUGGCCGAUGCGGUUGAUGCCCGUGGUGUGGAUCUGCAGCCUCAGCGUGAAGCGAAUCUUUAUGCUUAUAUAUAUUUUGUUAUCUUCAUUGUAUGUGGCUCGUUCUUUACUCUUAAUCUAUUCAUAGGAGUAAUUAUCGAUAAUUUCAAUAUGCUCAAGAAAAAGUAUGAAGGAGGAGUGUUGGAAAUGUUUCUCACCGAAUCUCAAAAACAUUAUUACACCGCCAUGAAAAAGUUGGGACGAAAAAAACCACAGAAAGUCAUUAAGCGACCAAUAAAUCAUUUUUUAGCGAUGUUUUACGAUUUAUCGAAUUCCAGAAGAUUUGAAAUAGCCAUAUUCGUACUGAUUUUUUUAAAUAUGUUAACCAUGGGUAUUGAGCACUACAAUCAACCGCAUGCGGUAUUUUUCAUACUAGAAGUUAGUAAUGCAUUUUUUACCACCGUCUUUGGUUUGGAGGCCAUAGUGAAAAUAAUAGGUCUACGUUAUCAUUAUUUUACGGUCCCUUGGAAUGUAUUUGAUUUUCUCUUGGUGUUGGCAUCGAUAUUCGGCAUUCUCAUGGAAGAUAUUAUGAUUGAUUUGCCGAUAAGUCCCACUCUCUUGAGAGUGGUACGAGUCUUUCGUAUUGGCCGCAUUUUGAGACUUAUUAAAGCUGCGAAGGGUAUACGUAAAUUGCUGUUCGCCUUGGUAGUAUCACUGCCGGCCCUGUUUAAUAUCGGGGCCUUGUUGGGUCUUAUUACUUUUAUCUAUGCCAUUUUGGGCAUGUCUUUGUUUGGUCAUGUCAAACUGCAGGGUGCUCUCGACGACAUGGUCAACUUUCAGACAUUUGGUCGCAGCAUGCAGUUGUUAUUUCGUUUAAUGACCUCGGCCGGUUGGAACGAUGUGCUGGAGUCGCUAAUGAUACAGCCGCCGGACUGUGAUCCGCACUUUAAUCGCCAGGCAAAUGGGGACUGUGGUCAUCCACUGUUGGCUAUUUCAUACUUUACCAGUUUCAUUAUAAUUAGCUACAUGAUUGUCAUUAACAUGUAUAUCGCCAUUAUUUUGGAGAAUUUCAAUCAAGCCCAUCAAGAGGAAGAAAUUGGUAUAGUAGAAGACGAUUUGGAAAUGUUCUAUAUCAGAUGGUCUAAAUAUGAUCCCCAUGCUACACAAUUCAUACACUUUGCACAGCUAUCCGAUUUUAUCGCAUCUCUGGAUCCACCGUUGGGCAUUGCGAAACCGAACACCGUAGCAUUGGUAUCAUUUAAUCUACCCAUAUCGAAAGGCAAUAAAAUUCAUUGUUUAGAUAUUCUCCAUGCAUUGGUGAAACAUGUUUUGGGUCAUGUCGAAGAGACGGACAAUUUUAAACAGUUGCAAGAGCAAAUGGACGUAAAGUUCAAGAAACAAUUCCCCACCCGCAAAGAACUCGAAAUCGUUUCGUCCACACGUAUCUGGAAGCGUCAGGAGAAGGCAGCCAAGCUGAUACAGACAACUUGGAGGGAUUAUCAGCGAAGAAAGAAGGAGAAAGAACGUUCGAAUUCGGGAGAUAGUGCUACGCAAACAUCAAGUCCGGGAGGCUGGCAGGCCAGACUAUCAUCCUUGAAUUUCUUUCAUUUGCAGGUAUCAAGACGAGGCACCCAAUGCUCGAGUCGAGCCUCUUCGCGCAAAUCAUCAAGAGCUUCUGAUGCUUCGGAUAUUAGCGAACUAGCUGGUCCCUGGUUGAAUUUACCACUUAUGAUGGUAUCCGGAGCCGAUGAUGUGGUCAGCAAUAUAAAACAACAAAGUGAAGAGCUUGGAAAGCGUGGUAGCAUAUUUGUGGAAGCGCCUAGAGCUAAUCGACGCCGAAGCUUUUAUAAUUUCUUUUUGCGACAUCAGGAUGCUGUUGAUGAUAGUUUAACUUCACCAUCAGUGCAUAGAAAAAGCAUUUCGCCCACAACAGCUGCUAUUUCCUCCACCACUUCUCUUGCCACAACAUUAGCUGAUAAUAAUACGACUACCGCCUCUUUGGAGAAACAAAACAUACAGCCACCAGCGGUGGUAGCCACACCGACACGGAAACGCGCUACAAGUUUUAUACGCAAAAAACCGCCCCUAGAAAGAGGUUUGUCAGCACAAAGCGCUUUAAGAGUUAACAAAAAUGCUUUUGUCUCUGAGGGUCCUACGCCGGAGGUGAUUGUAACUAAGCCAUCACCGGAUCAGAGUAUUAUAGUGCCAUUGGGUUUGCGGCCGGAAAAUUCGACAUUGGUGCAUGUGUUAGUGCAUCGUGAGAGUGAGGAGUAUAAGGAAGAAGAUGAUGAGAAUGGUUCCAGAGCUGUGUCGCCUGCUAUGGAAAAACACAAACCACCCCAAAUACGCAUUAGUCCUGGAUCGGAUGAUGGCAGCUUAACAAUUCUAGAUGCUGCUCAGCUAUCAACGGUACAGAUAAUGAUUGAAUCUCCCAAAGAACCACCUAGAGGUGAUUUCUCAACAGAUAUCGAGGCACAGCAACAACAACAACUACAAGAAGUAGUUACGCCUGUUAUUGAGGAACCAAUCGAUGUCAAUAUACAAGGCGAUACCUCAAAAGUAUUCUACGAUUACAAUCCCGAGGAGGCCAAUGAAAUUGUGGUAUUAGAAACUCUAACAGAAGAAUCGCCUAAAUCUGAAGAUAUACCAGCACUGCCAGAUAUACCAGUGCCGCCAUCCUCUUUCGAUUUCUCCACAGAAAUCACAGGCACUGAACAACUGAAAACAAUACCAAUAACAACAACUACUACAACGAUUUUAGCAGAAGGUGAGCACAAAUUAGAACUAACAACACCUUCCAAGUCAUCUCCACCACCAACAACAACAACAAUAACAUCACUACCAACAGUACCAGUACCAGCACCACAACCCAUAUCAACGGCAACAGCCACCUCAACAUCGUCCUCAUCAACCACAUCACCAGCCUCGCCACAAACGUCAAAUGAUGAUUUCGAUAUUGAAGAUCAUCAUGAUGUGGCCGCAGGUGAUCGUGAUGAUGAUGAUGAUAAAAAAGUUAGAUGA